UAGCACCACCGCCAAAAACCAGGCAGAUGUUUAACGCCACAGCGAGCGAUUUUUAAUAACAGUGUUUUAGAACUAAAUUAAACUAAUUUAAUGUGUUUAAGACAAAUAUUUAAGAUGAACUAAGCCCCGCCAAGGUCGCACGCACAACUGAACACGGUAGAAGAGCUCGGGGCGUGCGACAAAAGGGCAAUAAAUGCCCCUAAAAUCCGGCGGUCUACGCGCGUUUUUCGCUUGGGCGGCAUAGUUUUCCCCUACCUGGGAAAAGUGCCACAUUUCCAAAAGAAUGGCCACCAGCAACUCUUUAAGGAAUAAAAUAAACAACAGCUAUGAAUCGGAGCCAUCCACGGGCAGCGGGUCUUCGCUCAGUGAAAACAAUGAGGGCCACAUAUCUGACGAAGAGCACUUAAAUCUGCCGUAUCUAAUGAAACCGAAGACACUGAGCCAGACCCGUUUAGCUCCAGAGACUACCAUCGCCACGCCACCACCUGCUCCGAAGACCGGCAGCCAGGAGUCCCAGUUUAAGGGCUUCGGCGACAGUCCCUAUGGCCAGGUGAACAAGCGUUUGUAUGGCUCCCAGCUGCAAAACCUAAAACUGCCCGAGGUGGAGCCACCCCCUGCCGUCCGUGGUCCGUCGCCCGGAAAGAUAGUCUUUCCCCGGUUCUACGACUCUCUGAUCGAGGAGAACAGCUGCAAUGCCGUGGACAUGGCCGUAUCGGUGUCGGUUGAACUUACAGCCACUGCGACGACUACGACGGGCAGUCUCUCCUUUGAUGGCAAAAUCAAAAGUCUGACAGAGGAGCAGGAGAAGCCGAGUACCUCCAAUGCCAAUCCCUCCCGGCUCUCCACUGUGCUGGAAACCUCGCUGAAUACCUCGCAGCAAAAGUUCAAUAACGAACGCUCUCCAGAUCUCUUUGCCGACAGCGAUGAGGAGGCGUACGAACAAGAGGAGAAGGCUGCCCCACCAACCAGACUCGAAGACUUACCCGAGGCCUUGGAUGAGUCGCAAUGCACCAGCGAUAUACGUAUCCGCGCCACGGAGUCCAGUUUUGUGGAUGAGCAGACACUGGACAUGUCGGCCACUCAGCUAACUGCCAACGAUCCGCGCUCACAUUUCUUGGAGAACUGUCGCAGGGAGCGGGAACUCUAUCGACGGAUACGACGCUGCCUGCAGGGCGUACGUCCACCGCCCACAGUGACCAAUCCCGAAAUGGAUGUGAUCAAAACGGUGCUCAGCAUGAAGGCAAAUGUACUCAACUUUUUGUCAAAGGAGGCUCCGGACAAGACGCAGGCCAGGAGUGAGGAUAGUGCGACUUCCUCCUUGUUUCGGCCCACUCACAGUCUGUUGGAGGCCCAAAGUAUGGGCUGGCGAGAGGUUCUGGGCGUGCGACAACAUGGAUUGAGCUACAACUUAAACAAGGCUGCCGAACAAAAUGAAUACCUCAGCAUGUCCGUGGUUGAUCGCUAUGUGGGCGUGGAAACAGCCACCUCCUAUGUGCGCUCCCCCUCUAGUGCUAAGAAGCGAAAUAUACGAAUGAAGAUGCUCACCCAAUCGCCUGGCAAUCGUCUUAGUCACCUGGCCAGACGCCGUGCCAUAUUUUCAUCGGCAAAUCUGGCCACCAACUCACAGAAGCUAAACAGUUCAAUUGGACCACAAAUAUUGCUAGAUAAAAAAAAAGCUCGCAACAAGCGCAAGGCCACGCCCAAGCGCAAGACGCCGGGCAGCAAAAAGAAAGCUCGCAAGACGCCCACUUCCUCCGCCCGCAAACGUCUCUACCGCACCGAUCUCAUCAAACCGGGUCCGGGUCCAUCGAGGGAAUCCUCAAAACGCGCCCUGUUCCAAAGCCCAGCCAAGUCCCUCCAGCAGCAGCUAAUGCCACCUAAGCCUUUGUUCAAGCCGGAGAUUGCGAAUCGUGUGGAGCGUUCCAAGCGGGCGCUCUUCUCACCGGAUCACCAAGGCGGCGGCAGCAACCAACUGGAGUCCUUGCUGAAGCGCAAACGUAAUGCCUGCGAUGACGAAGACUCUGCUGAUAUGGCCAGCCAGAGCAGCAAGCUGUUCCGUGCCGAAAGCAGUGGACCCAGCGGCUUGACGCCCCGUGCCCUCAAGAUCAAGAGUCAGAGCUUCUGCAUUGGAGCUGGUUCCUCCACGGCAGGUGUACAGCAGAAGGCAACACAGCAGCUGGCAGCGGCGGGAGCCAAUCCGUCCCGAAUUAGUCUAGGACUCAGCGGCAGCAGCAGCAAUUUAGCCAGCAGUUCCUUUGGCAGUGGAACGCCGCUGGCGAAUAAACUGCAGCGUGCACAGUCGGAGAUGAGCGCCACACCGAAUAGCAGCAUGACAGAUAAUCAGAGAAAGAAACUCCUUUGGGCAGUUUCCCAGGCCCUGCAAGAGCGUAAAAUCACAGCCAAGCAUGAGCACUUCCGUCAGCAUGCGGCGGAUCUCACGCGCAUUGUGAAGCGCAUCUUCCAGGAAUUCUACCUGGGACACACAACCAGCAAUAGCGAGACGCUGCUAAGGCUAGCGAAGAAGUUCGCCUUCAGCGUAAUUGCGGGCAAAAAUGCGGAUGAUGUUUACCUGCAGGCACGCAGUCAGGAGAGCGAGGCCAAACGCCUGUCCAGCACUCGGCUAUCCGGCUAUAUUGGGCCCGAGGAGUUUGCUCAGCGCAAGUUGCUUCUGUCACAGACAUCCUCUGGUGUGGGUACAUUAUCCGGAUCCACACGGUCCCUGCACAACAUCUUUGGUAGUGAGAACUCCAUUGAUUCGUUUGGUUUGAGCCAGCAGACGAGCGCUUGCACGGAUACGCAAUCGAGCCUGGUGGACCGCAUUGCCGAGGAUUUGUUCUGCAAGGAACGACAACCCAUUCGGCCGAAUCCCACGUUACAGAACAGCUCGUCGAAAAGCAAUCUGGGUGGACUGGCGUUGCGUGAGAACGUUGACUGUGAGCUAAGACGAUCGGCGCAGAAGAACUUUACGGGCAAGGAUCAGAGGAACAUCAGUCCUUAUUAUGGAGGAGGAGGAGGAAAUGGAAGCAACGGCUCGGCCCGAAAGUUCCAAGUGCCUUCAGCGAGCAGCAACAACUCUGGAGGAAAGGCCAAGCGACAGAUAUCCUUUGACUGCUAACAUAAGAUACGAGGUAAAGGGGAUUUCUCGGUGCAGGAUUAAUCCUACCUUUUGCCUGGCCUGAUAUUUGGAAAGUUUUCUUUUUGUUUUCUAUUAUUUUUUUAUGGUUGUUUUAGCUUAAUUUAUUUAACUGCCAGGUAUAUCUCUCUCUCUUGGAAAAAUCCAAACACAAAGGCAGACAACCGUUUAAAGAUAGGUAUUAAAUAAAUAUAUAAAAUACAUCUCUUAUAGAUCUUAUAGAUCGCCCACCUUUCCUCCCGACUUGCACCACAUUUAGUUAAAAAUUGAACUAUGAUCUAUUAACGUUUUAUAUAAGAUCUAUAUGGGAUUUAUUUUAUGCGCGACUCAAAACUCAAUGAAUGCAAUAUUUUCCACUGAAGUCUAGACGUAGAAUGUACCAAAUUUGUGCUUAAAAAUUACAAAUUUUAACCAACUAAACCGCAACUGCAACUGAAAUUAAGCUGAAAUCGAAGUUAUUUGUAAGAUUGUAAAGUGAAAUUUAGCAUAAUAAAAGCGUGUCAAUAAUA